AUGGCUCGCGAGCUCUACAUGAUGUUUUUCACCAUGAUCUACAUGUAUGGUACCUUUGGCGCCUUCCAAGAAGAACGCCAAGGGUAUGUUCAAGCUCCUUCAGAGCGUGAUCCACAAUUUGUGAAUCUUGCAGCAACAACCCCGCCGAAUGCGGCAGCACGUGCAGAGGAAGACCAGCUGAAUAGCACCCACACACCGCAGGGCAACGUGAGAUUUGAGAGCAAGGCAACCACCGGACUGAUGCAGGUGCAGGUCGCCGACUCCGAGAAGGUGACGCAGGCACAGAUGGACGGAAGAACAAAGACGGCGCCGGAGGUAGUGGCAACAAGCUCGACAAGAUCAUUCCCCAGAGCACCGUGGCGGAAGGAGGCCUGUAACAGGAACAGCGCUGCCGAGGUGAUCCAAGACGAAGAAGAGGAUGAAGCUAGAGAACCGGCUUCGAGCUCCAGGCCGGGGCCUACAGUGCCGAGCUUGAGCGAGUUCGACCCCAACGUGAGAUGGUGGAGCAAUCUCACAGGCUUCACCGAUCCUUUUGACGACGGGGAAGUGCACAGCCUGCUGAGCCCUGAGACCAGCAGAACGCUGGUCGCAAACUUACAAGGGCUCGACACUGAGGAAAGGGCAAGGGUCGCCACUUCCCUCUUGGCCUUCGUCGGCUUGUUCAUAGCGGAGCUUUUAAAAACAGUGAACGACGCUCAGUUCGGAGAAAGAGUUGAGCUCCUUCAGCGGUGGACCAUCGUCACCAUGCACGACGAGCACAGCCUGGUGCAGCAUGGACAAGUGGUGGCGCCUAGCUCGUUUGCCAAGAAACUGCUGGACCUUCAGGCCACCCUUGAGAGGCAGGACAAAGCAGGGGAGGGCGUGGAGAACCACACGACAAUGGCCGCGAGUUCUGCAGCUGGAGCCCUCCACAGUGAAGAUGAACGGGAGGGCAUCCUGGUCAAAAGACGACCCGAUGAGGACUGGAAGCCGGCCACGAAGGAAGAGGCGGAAGAGCUGCGAAGACAUGACCUGCAACUGCAGGAAGAGGAAGCUGCACAGGCCAGAGCAGACGCUGCUGCGCUCAGCUCUCUCGAGGCAGCAAGAGCACGGGAGUGGGAGGACUGGGCGAUGGAGAGCGAGCUGAGGGGUGUCCCGGAUGAAGCAGGUCCUCGGAAGAGAGUCAGGGCAGUGGUCACCAUGACGACCAGCCGAGGCGCAGCAGUGGCUCGUGGUGUGGUGGAAGGGGACGUCUUAAGGAUAGAGGAGGUCAUGCUCACGUUUGCACUGCAAGAAAGUUCGGAGGCACCAGGGCACCGAGAAGGGACAGCAGACGAGCUACUGGUCGCUCCGACUACACCGUCAACUGUGCUCAUCCCGGAGACGCAAAUGGAACAACAAGUACAGCAGAUGCAAGAGGUGAGAGCACAAGGUGUGGACCUGGACUCCUUCAUGUGCUCUAAGGAGGGCGGUGCGGCAUACCAACAAUGGGUUGCUAGCGGAAAGGGGCUCCAGCUCGGAGCCUGGCAUGGAGGGACUGGGACCUGA